AUGAUGAAUGCAGAUGCUCAGCUUGAAGACGUGUUACAGGAAAAUGAAGAAACCCAUCUCUACGAUGAAAUCAUGCAACUUGGUCAUCCUCCCGUUAUAUUAUGGUGGCAACAUGUCGAUGAAUUCAUUCGAGCGAUUGAAACUGCUCGAGCCGAUGCGGAGGCUCCAGGAGCGGAAUCCUUACCAACUGAUCCACUUGCGUUGCCCGCCGUAGUGACUGCGAAAAGGUUCAAAGAAGCUGUAAUCGACUACAUUAAGCCCCAAGAGAACGCAGCUCGAUUAGGUACAUCGUGUCUGGUGUGUUCAUUGCCGGAAUCGGUAACGGUGGGGUACAAGUUGCGUGCUUUGGAUGAUAAUCCCUGGGUUAAGCGUAUGAUUGCUUUUGGAGAGCCAAACAUAUUGCCAAUCGCGCGUGUGUUCAUGCCUCGCGGUCUUCGCGCGAGUGCACUUGACAAAGUGACGCCACGACUCAAUCCAACCAGUUUGUGGGGGUGA